AUGACUUCAGAUGCCUUGCUAGAUUUGCUAUCCACCGGAGGGGCAAAUAUUCCAAACUACAGAUGUGGAAAUCAUAACAGACCCUUAGUAGUUUUGGAUGGGUCCAGUGCUGAUAUCUCCAUCCAGAUACCAAAUAUGUUGGGCAUUUAUAAAAUUCCACAGGCUCAGAGUGAUAAAUCUCUCUUCCCUUUUUUCUAUCGAAUGGUCCCCAAAGAAGGAGCUCAGUACCCCACAAUUAUCAAACUGCUCCACCAUUUCAGGUGGACAAUGGUUAAUCUAGUUGCACCAGUCUCUGAUGGAGGAGAGAGGUUCAUGAGAAGCUUGACUCCUCUGCUUAUCAGGAAUGGCAUUUGUGUGGUUUUAUCGCAAAGCAUUCCUGUGGCUGUCAAUGAAGUACGUAUUGAUCCUUUCCAAUUCUGCAAAUGGACGCAAGUCAAUGUCUUUGUUUAUUUCUCAGCGAUUGAUACCUUCAUAAUGGGAAUAAUGAUUGUGCAGAAGAUAUUUGAAUUCUGCACAAAAGCCACAAUUGGAAAAGUCUGGCUCACUUCAGCUAUGUGGGAUAUUACUUCCGAUUUACAGUAUAAUUCACAGGUUAUUCCAUUCAUCUAUGGCUAUAUUUCCUUCUUGAUCCAGAAUGGCAGAAAUGCCAAACAUAACGAUUUUAGAUCUAUUUAUUAUUCUGCCAUAGACUUUAUGGACAAAGUGUUUCAUUGCUCCUAUUUCAAGCAUGGCUUGUCUGUGAAAGGCUGGACAAGAUGCCCAGAGGAUAAGGAUAUAAAAGCUCUGCCCCAGGAGAAGACUGAAAGAAUCCUGUCUCUGGACAGCUACAUCAUCCAUCGCUCCAUCUGGAAUGUGGCCAGAGCCUUAAAUGCUGCAUAUUCAUCCAAAUCCAAGAGGAAAGUGAAUGAUAAUAAAGAUCAGUUGGCUGCUCAGCAAUUGCAGUCAUGGCAGCUUCAUCAUUUCCUGCAAAACCUUUUCAAGCUAUACAAUAACUCAUUGGAUAGAUUAUAUUUGGAUCAGAGUGGAGAGUUGGCUGCUGAUCUUGAUAUCAUGAGUUCAAUCCAGUUUCCCAACAAGUCAGUUUUCCGGACAAAAUUUGGAAGCCUAGCAAGACAAGGAUCAGGAGAAGCCAUGUUUACUGUUGACCAGGAUGCAAUGGUGUCCCCCAAAUGGCUCAACCAGUCUCUUCCUAAAUCCAAGUGUGUGGAGAGCUGCCAUCCAGGAUUCGUCAAGGUACCUCGGGAAGGGGAAUUCCUUUGCUGCUACAAUUGUGUUCCUUGUGGAGAAGGGACCAUCUCCACUCAGGAAGAUGCAAAAGUGUGCAUCAAAUGUCCAGAGGAUCAGCAUCCAAAUGAGAAACAAGAUCAGUGCAUCCCCAAGAUCAUAACCUUUUUAUCAUACAGAGGACCUCUGGGGAUGAUCCUGACUUCCUUUGUCCUCUUCUUGUCUUUAGUCACACUGCUUGUCUUAACUAUCUUUAUAAGACACUUGGAAACUCCACUAGUCAAGGCCAACAAUCGAAACCUCUCGUAUAUCCUCCUCAUCUCCUUGUUGUUUUCCUUCCUGACCUCCUUCCUUUUCAUUGGCCAGCCAAGGAAAGCUGCUUGUUUUCUCCGUCAAACCAUUUUCAGUAUCGUUUUCUCAACUGCUGUCUCCUCAGUCUUGGCCAAGACAAUCACAGUAGUGUUGGCCUUCCUGGCCACAAAACCAGGCAACACCAUGAGGAGGUGGAUGGGGAAGACUCUGGCCAACUCCCUUGUCCUUUCUUGUUCUGGGAUCCAAGCUCUCAUUUGUUCCAUAUGGUUAGUAGUCUCUCCCCCCUUCCCUGACUCUGACUUGCACUCUCUGCCUGGAGAAAUCAUCCUGCAAUGCAAUGAAGGGUCAGUUAUCAUGUUUUAUGUAGCCCUGGGCUACAUGGGUUUCCUGGCUGGCAUCUGCUUUAUUGUGGCUUUCCUUGCCAGGAAUCUCCCUGGGACCUUCAACGAAGCCAAGCUGAUCACUUUCAGCAUGUUGGUCUUCUGCAGUGUUUGGGUGAGUUUUGUACCCACCUAUUUGAGCACCAAGGGGAAAUACAUGGUGGCUGUGCAGGUCUUCUCCAUCUUGGCAUCUGGUGCAGGGCUACUGGGCUGCAUCUUCAUCCCAAAGUGCUAUAUAAUUAUUCUGAGGCCAGAUCUCAACACAAAGGAGCAGCUUAUAUUAAAAGUCAAAUAA